AUGGGCGUAUCAAGUGAUAUAGUGUUCAAACACUUGUCUAUAAACCUCGGAAUAUUCAUCCUCGAAUUACCUAUGCCGAUGUCAACAUGUCAUGUUGGAUCGGUGGUUACACCACUGGCUGUCUUAAAUCGACUACCGGGCUGGCUUGGCACGUUGGUUAUCAGCCCUGAUGGAUCAGUUCUUCAGUCAGCUGGUGAGUUAGUGAACAACAAAGAAUUAGCCCAACAUUUUGCUGCGAUCGCUAAUAGAGUUGGUCGUCUAUUAAAUAUGGAAGGUGAAAGAAAAAUUCAACAAUUCAAAAGAUUAACUGUACACUUCGAGCAUUCAAUAUAUAUUAUGACAUGUGUUGGUGAUACCAUUUAUGUAGUAAAACGUCUACCCGAUAAUCAGAAUAUUUCAUACGCAGAUACAUAUCAACAAUUACAUCUUGUCAAAUCGGAUAAUAGUAUGACCAAUAAUAACAACCCUGUUGAUGUACAUCAUUCUUCUACUGCUAUUAAUACUCCUAACAAUUUAGUUACAGUAGAUAAUCACGGACCUCAUUUUUUUGAAACACGUGCUUCAGAUGAUUAUUAA